AUGAAGCAGCCAACACUCCCGGCCCUGGCCAUCGCGGCCCUGUCCCUGGGCGCAACCCUAGGUCUGGCGGCGCCGCCACAGCACGUUAGGCGCAACGAGACCGCGCCGGCCCCGGUGCGAACCCAGCCCGCCGUUACCACCGCCGUCCCUACCACGGUGCCGACGCCGGCGCAGCGGAAGCCGCUGGGCCGCCCCGGAGGCCCCGACACCGUCAGCAUCAUGGGCGACGAGCCCAAGAUGCCGCACGACCCGGCCACCAACCCGAGCUGCACGUGGUGGUACGACAACGAUGGAGGCCUGUCCUGCUUCGACAUCAUGGACAUCUUUGGCAUCACGGGCGGGCAGUUUGCCUACUGGAACCCCUCGGUGUCGACGGCCUGCGACGGCAUGAAAGUUGGCUCCUCCUACUGUGUCGAGGGCCCCGCGGUGCCGCCGGGAUGGACCCCGCCGGCCACCACCGCCGCCGCCACCACCACCACCACCUCGGGCAGGCCGACCACCACCAAGCCCCCCGGCAACGGCGGGAUCGAGACGCCCAGCCCGGUCCAGGAGGGCAUGGUCGGGAACUGCAACAAGUUCUACUUUGUGCCGUCUGGUCAAAGCUGCGGCGAGGUCCUGAGUAAAAAUGGCCUGACUAUCGCGCAGCUUUUUGCCUGGAACUCGGCCGUAAAGUCCGACUGCACCGGCAUGUGGGCCGAGGUGUACGUCUGCGUCGGCGUCGUUGGCGGAUCUCCUGUUACCACCCCGGGCCCGACCACCACCAAGCCCGGCAACAGUAUAACUACCCCGACGCCGACACAGCCCGGCAUGGUCAACAACUGCAACAAGUUUUUCUUCGUUAACUCGGGCGAGUCAUGCUCCAAUGUCCUGUCAAAGAACGGCGUCACCAUCGCGCAGCUCUUCGCCUGGAAUUCGGGUGUCAAUAGCGACUGCUCCGGCAUGUGGGGCAACGUAUAUGUUUGUGUUGGAAUCCUCGGCCAGCAGCCUCCUACUACAACAACAACAACAACAAAGCCUCCCGGAAAUGGCAUCGCCACCCCUACCCCGACACAGCCCGGCAUGGUUAACAACUGCAACAAGUUCUUCCUCGUCAAUUCGGGCGAGUCGUGCUCCAACGUCCUGUCAAAGAACGGCAUCACCAUCGCGCAGCUCUUCGCCUGGAAUUCGGGCGUUAAAAGCGAUUGCUCCGGCAUGUGGGGCAACGUAUACGUCUGUGUUGGAAUCAUCGGCCAACAGCCUCCCACAACGACGAAGCCUCCCGGGAACGGCAUCGCCACCCCUACCCCGACGCAACCGGGAAUGGUCAACAACUGCGACAAGUUUUACUUUGUCCCCACGGGCGAGGCCUGCUCCAGCGUGCUCUCCAAGAACGGCAUCUCGCUCACCCAGUUCUCGGCCUGGAAUUCCGGAGUCAAGUCUGACUGCUCAGGCAUGUGGGGCAACGUGUACCAGUGCGUGUCUAUCGUGGGACACGAGCCGCCCACGGGCACGAACCCGGGCAAUGGGGUCUCGACGCCGACGCCGUUCCAAACGGGCAUGGUGACCAACUGCAAGAAAUUCCACAAGGUGGCUGAGAACCAGAACUGUGAUACUAUCUCGAAGCAGUAUGGUAUUUCGAUCGCCAACUUUAUCAAGUGGAACCCGGCUGCCAAGUCGGACUGCACGGGGCUGUGGAAGGAUACGUACGCUUGUGUGGGACUAUUGUAG